AUGAAGCGAAAACGAAUUGAAAGAGUUUCUGUGGGUAGCUCUCUAGAUAUCCGAGAAUGCGAAGAGUUACUAGCUGACGCUAUUUCCCCGGUCUUGAAGCUUGCAAAUCAGCGCAAAAUCUACGACAUGACUGAUCCAAGGAAGAUCAAUGCAUUUCUUGUGCUUUCAGCUCAGAAGCGCAUACAGGCUGAUCCCACUAUUCCAGAAGGAUUGAAAUGGGCAAACUAUUUUAUAUUACAGUUGUUGAAUGUGGCAGGACAAUGUUUCAGGCGACUUAAUAUUUACGGUAUCAAGGCUUUCUAUGACUAUUUCUCUGAAAAGCACCGAGAGUUUACUACAAAACAUAAGAAAAAAGCCUCAAAGAACAAGAACGCCGUUCAGUUUUAUUUUCAUCCCAGUAUCAUGGCUCUCCGCGAUAAAUGCCGUGCUCUUUCAAGUGAUGGGGAAGGAACAGACCAUCCUAAGUUGGAGGUUUUAAUGAACGAGUUGGCUGUCUUUGGUGAGCAUUGUGAUGCCUUAGGAUCGAGGGCUAUCAUAUUCACAGAGUUUCGCCUGUCGGCUCUAGACAUUGUAAACGCAAUUGAAAAAUUUGGACACGGAUUGAAACCUCACAUAUUUAUUGGACAAGCUAAGGAGAAAGAAAAGUUCGACGAAGAUGCCUACUUGAGCAAAGGCAAGUCCAAAAAGAAGAAAACUGAAAGCAAAUCAAGAGAUUCGUCCCUAUGUUGCUCGGUCAACGUCUGA